AGCCGAACUGAGCCGAACUGAGCCGAGUGGAGCCGAAGCGAAGCGAGGCGACGACGCUGUCUGAGCGUCGGCUCUGCUUCUCUUUCGAUUUGAGGGAGAAAAUGGAGAAACACUGCAUGAGCUCGCAAGUCAAAGGAGUGAGCACCGGGACCACCAUCCUGGCCGCCUUGUUUGACGGAGGAGUGGUGAUCGGAUCAGAUUCCCGGGCGUCCAUCGGAGGAGAAUAUGUGUCGUCUAAGACCAUCAACAAAGUGAUUCAGGUUCACGACCGGAUCUUCUGCUGCAUGUCUGGCUCUCUGGCAGACGCUCAGGCCGUCACCAAAGCUGCCAAGUUCCACCUCUCCUUUCACAGCGUGCAGAUGGAGAAGCCUCCUCUGGUGGUCGCAGCGGCCACGGUGAUGAAAGAGCUGUGCUUCAAAAACAAGGACGAGCUGGAGGCCGGAUUCAUCACAGCCGGCUGGGACAGGAAGAAAGGCCCGCAGGUGUACGUCGUGGCCAUCGGAGGAAUGUUGAUCAGCCAGCCAGUCAUGAUCGCUGGAUCAGGAAGCACGUACAUCUACGGCUACGUGGACGCCAAAUACAGACCCAACAUGAGCAAAGAAGAAUGUUUACAGUUCGCCACGAACGCUCUGGCGCUGGCGAUGGGCAGAGACAACGUGAGCGGCGGUGUAGCCAACCUGGUGGUGGUGUCAGAGUCGGGGGUGGAGCACACGGUGAUCCCUGGUGACAAACUGCCCCAGUUCCAUGACGACUGACGGCCUCCAGGAUGGACUCCCUCACAUUCUCUACAUUACCCUCUCUAAUGCGUUAUGUGAUGCAGAGUCCAUUCAGACUCUUCAGUAACAUCACUCGAUGAACUUGUAGAAUUUUGUUAAGAAAAUAAAUAAAAAUGUUGAAUUUU